UCGUGAAACAACCUCCGCCGACCUUCCUUUCAUCAUUCCCGUAAUCCGUCUGCGUAGGGUGUGCUCCAGAGCUAGUCUCGGCACACAUUUUAUUAUUAUGAAACAAACCAAAAGCUAGAGAGCACACGCAGACAUAUUUUUAUAAGAAAAAAAAAAUCGGUGAAGCAGGAUUUCAUUUGACAACUCAAGCAACCGAAGAAGAACAGCCUUCGAAAAAGAAAGAAACACGGAACGAGAAGCACGUUAUCGAGCGGCGAGAGUCAUUGUUGAAAGCGUGGGAGAUUAACGUUAGCCACUACUUAUUUUUACCUUUUAUAAAGGGGUUGUCAUUCCAGGGAACAUCGUUAACCAGAACAUUUGCUUCGUUAACUGUCAGCUAUUUCGCUUCCUCUCUCACUUGGACAGAGUACUGAGUCAGAGCUGUCAGGUCUGCCAGCCGCAGCGGUUAGGUCACGCUCCGACAUUUUGCUAAUCAAGCUAAGUAGCCCACAUUGCUAACUAUAAAGAGAGCUAGAAUAUGUGUCUGCGAUCUUAUUUUGUAUAGGUGAUAGCUGAGAACAAUAUCAUUUCUAUAUCGGAAGCUGUCAUCCAAAUUUAACAUUUAUAAUACAAGCCUGAGAACCCUCGUCGUCAGACAUGAAUCCCAGCGCUCCUAGCUACCCGAUGGCUUCCCUCUAUGUGGGAGACCUGCAUGCAGACGUUACCGAGGCUAUGCUCUACGAGAAAUUCAGCCCGGCUGGGCCCAUCUUAUCCAUCAGAGUGUGCAGAGACAUGAUCACACGCCGGUCUCUUGGCUAUGCAUAUGUCAACUUCCAGCAGCCGAAUGACGCUGAGCGAGCCCUGGACACAAUGAACUUUGAUGUAAUCAAAGGCAGACCACUCCGCAUCAUGUGGUCUCAGCGGGAUCCCUCCCUAAGAAAAAGUGGUGUGGGCAACAUCUUCAUCAAGAACCUGGACAAGUCUAUUGAUAACAAAGCACUCUAUGACACCUUCUCUGCAUUUGGAAACAUCCUUUCUUGCAAGGUUGUUUGUGAUGAGAAUGGCUCAAAGGGGUACGGCUUUGUCCACUUUGAGACCCACGAGGCUGCUGAGCGGGCCAUUGAGAAAAUGAAUGGCAUGUUGCUCAAUGACAGAAAAGUAUUUGUUGGACGCUUUAAGUCUCGUAAAGAAAGGGAGGCUGAGCUUGGAGCCCGUGCCAGAGAGUUUACCAAUGUUUACAUCAAGAACUUUGGGGAUGACAUGGAUGACGUGAAGCUGAGGGAGUUGUUUAACCAAUAUGGACCUUCACUAAGUAUCCGGGUUAUGACUGAUGACAGUGGCAAGUCCAAGGGAUUUGGCUUCGUCAGCUUUGAGAGACAUGAAGAUGCACAGAAGGCUGUGGACGAGAUGAAUGGUAAAGAAAUGAAUGGGCGGCAAGUGUAUGUGGGCCGUGCACAGAAGAAAGGGGAACGCCAGAAUGAGCUCAAGCGUAAAUUUGAGCAGAUGAAACAGGAUCGCAUGACCAGAUACCAGGGUGUCAAUCUUUAUGUGAAAAACCUGGAUGAUGGCCUAGAUGAUGAGCGUCUGCGUAAAGAGUUCACUCCGUUUGGAACCAUAACCAGUGCUAAGGUGAUGAUGGAGGGGGGCCGCAGCAAAGGCUUUGGCUUUGUGUGUUUCUCUUCCCCAGAGGAGGCCACUAAAGCUGUUACAGAGAUGAAUGGGCGUAUUGUUGCUACAAAGCCACUGUAUGUGGCCCUGGCCCAGCGGAAAGAGGAGCGUCAGGCCCACCUGACCAACCAGUACAUGCAGAGGAUGGCCACAGUCCGCGCUGUGCCCAACCCAGUACUCAACCCAUAUCAGCCGGCCCCACCCUCUGGCUAUUUCAUGGCAGCUAUACCUCAGGCUCAGAACCGUGCUGCUUACUACUCUGCCAACCAGCUGGCCCAACUCCGACCCAGCCCCCGUUGGGCAACUCAAGGAGUGCGUCCUCAACACUUCCAAAACAUGCCCAAUGCUAUGCGGCCCUCAGCUCCCAGGCCCCAAACCUUCAACACCAUCCGUCCCACCACCACACCCAACACACAGGUUCCGCGCAUGAUGGCUUCCCAGCGUAUGCCCACACAGGCCCUCAGCCAACGCCCUGCCGGAUCUUCAGCCACUGCUGCCCCAGUGCGCGCCAUGCCCCAGUACAAAUAUGCUGCUGGUGUGCGAAACCCCCAGCAGCACAUGGCCUCCCAGCCACAGGUCCCCAUGCAGCAGCCUGCUGUCCAUGUCCAAGGACAGGAGCCACUGACGGCCUCCAUGUUGGCCGCGGCCCCUCCUCAGGAACAGAAGCAAAUGCUGGGUGAGCGUCUGUUCCCCCUGAUCCAGAACAUGCACCCCAGUUUGGCUGGCAAGAUCACCGGUAUGCUGCUGGAGAUCGACAACUCUGAACUUCUCCACAUGCUGGAGUCACCUGAGUCGCUGCGCUCAAAGGUGGAUGAGGCUGUUGCUGUGCUGCAGGCCCACCAGGCCAAGGAGGCUGCUCAGAAGUCAACCACCCCCGCUGGUGUCCCCAGUGUCUAAGAUUGAAACCUGCUUCACCGAUGGAAAAAGAGAAAAAAAUAUUAAACAUUGAAAAACCUAAAACUCUGAAAACAUCGCAAAAUGAUAAAUUAUUUCUUAAAAAAAAGAAGAAAACAAUUAAUCUGCCAGGUCUAUAGAUGGUUCGACUAGACCUUGAUAAUAAACAAAAAUGUGUUGAAAAAAAUAGCAAAAUAGAAAACAAAUUGAGAUUAUACGUUCUGAAUGCAUUCCUCUGUUUUAUGUCAUGUUAUUGUGUCAGUGCUCAGAAUAUCAGCCAUGUUCAGGUGAUAGCUGAGCAUCAUGAAGGGUGAUUUGUAUUGUAAACUGCUGGCUGUAAUAAAUUCUCAUUCAAAAUUCA